AUGGGAAAGUCCUCCAAGGACAAGCGAGAUAUCUAUUAUCGUCUCGCGAAAGAGCAAGGAUGGCGGGCACGCAGUGCCUUCAAGCUAUUACAACUGGACGAAGAAUUCAAUCUCUUCGAAGGUGUGACACGUGUCGUGGACUUAUGUGCUGCCCCCGGGAGCUGGAGCCAGGUGCUCUCUCGGGUCUUGAUCAAAGGGGAGCGAUUUGGCCGGGCGGCAUAUGUCGACCGCGCCCUGAAGGAGCUGUUGAAUCCUUGUCUCGGCUGCGAACUCCAGCGACAGAUGCAAGAAGAGCACGAUGCCGGUGUCUCAAGUCGCGAUGAGCAAUCCCAGACCGCGAAAAAUGUCAAGAUCGUAUCAGUCGAUCUGCAGCCGAUGUCGCCGCUCGAGGGCAUCACCACGAUCCGCGCCGAUAUCACCCAUCCUAGCACCAUCCCCCGCCUUCUUGACGCUUUAGACCCCGGCCGUGACACGAGCAACCCCGACACCCCGACCAAUCCCGUCGACCUCGUCCUAUGCGACGGAGCCCCCGAUGUCACCGGCCUCCACGACAUGGACAUCUACGUGCAAUCGCAGCUGCUCUACUCCGCGUUGACCCUGGCGAUGUGCAUCCUCAAACCCGGGGGCAAGUUCGUGGCAAAAAUCUUCCGCUCGACCACGAACGCGCAGUUCAUCUGGUCGCAGAUGAGCCUGGUCUUUGAGCGCGUCACCAUCGCCAAGCCCAAGGCGAGCCGGUCGAGCAGUUUAGAGGCAUUCGUGGUCUGUGAAGGGCUCAACCUGCCGGACGGGUUCAAACCCAGCCUGGAUAUGAAACUCGGCUAUGGAAACAUUGUGCCACCGAGACCGAAGGAAGGAGAACUGGCUUCGGAAGAGUCGCUCCGAUUUUACGGGCUUCGCACCGUGCGCGAGGAUGGCGCCCACGUCCUUGAAUUCCCCAUGGAAGACCCAUCUCCCGACGAGGAGCUGACCGACGAAGAGUUCCGCGCCCGUCGAAACGCGCAAGUGACCCAAUUCCUUGCGUGCGGCGACUUGAGCUCCUUCGACUCCGACACAACAUAUCAAAUCCCGGCCGAUUACCUCCACUUGGAUCCCGUCCAGCCGCCGACCGCGGCGCCGUAUCUCAAAGCGAUCGAGCACCGACGGAAGGAAGGGGGGGCGUAUGGGAAGACGAAGGAGUAUGGGACGGGGAAGAUUCAUCAAAAGAAAUGGGAGGCGACGGCGGGGGAUUUGGAGGAGAUGAUGGGCGUUAUGAAGGAAGAUCGUGAGGUGGAAGGUGGAAGAGCUCGGUUGAGGCAGGAGGAGGGAAGCAAGAUGUUAAGCUGA